UGAGCAGCAGAAGCAGAAGUUAGGGGUAGAAUUUAGAAUGUUUUCCAGUUUCCCCAGUAACCCAGUACCUUCUGGCCAUGGUGGUAGCUGUAGUAGGGAAACUACUAGAUGGCCUAAAUUUGGAACCUGCAUGCAGAAGAUAGAGUGAGACCCUACUUGUUGGCAAAACUUCUACUUCCACUAACUCAGAACAAAGAAUCCACCCAAUAAGUCUGCCUAAGGAUGAAGAAUUCUACAAGGCUCAACCCCAAUGAGGGAUGGAAGAUAUCUAAGCUCCUAAAUGAACUACAAAGAGUCCAUAGAGAUGAUGUUAGCCUUUAUACUUCAGGACACCUGAAUCCCAGUAAGCUCUAUAACCCCAUUAAGCACACGAGUUUUUGGACUGGUGCCCUUGGGCCACUCAGGAAAAAGACUGUAACGAGAAGUCAAUUCGAUGAUACAUCCGCAAAGAUGCAAGAUGCUUUGUCUGAAUUUACCAUUAACACUGCUCUGGUCUCAGAGGCUGCUGAGCAUCCUGGAUUCUUGAAGGUUUUGCACCCUCAGCUAAAAAGCAGUUCACUUCCUUCCCUUCCAACCUCGGAUGUAGCACUUGAAGAAAAACUGAAAGAAGAGAGAAAGAAGCUCCAGGCUGAAAUGUUUGAAAAAGACCUCAAAUUGCCAGAGCUCCGACUGCUUAAGUAUAAACAGGCCAAAACUAGUCGCCAGUGUUUUAAUUCUCCUCUUCUCAAAGAUGAAUACCGAUUUAUUAGCACCUAUUUGUCUGGCGUGACUAAAAAGGACAAGUUUGCUAAGUUUUUGCAAUUUCAAAAGGAGGUGAUUGCCAAGCAAGAUCUCUUAGAAAGUGAUUUCACUGGGAGCAGGGUUGCUGUAGACCAUGAAAAGAAGUUGGAACAGGAACUGCAGAAAAUGCCUACUACACUUCCUCCCCAACUUAACAGACUAAAGGUGUUUGGGCAAACAUUUCAAGACAUUUGUAAUGGCUCUCUUAUUUUUGGUGACCUCUUGAAGGAAGUGAAGGAUGAAUACGAACUCUACAUAGCAAUUCUUAUGGAUUCCCAGUCUUCCUUUCAGUACAAGAAUUUGCUGUCUCAAGUAAAGGGCAUGGAAAAGAGAAGCACGCUGACUGCAGAUAUAGAAGAAGCCAGAAAAGAAGUACAGAGGCUCGUGAAGGUAGCCAGAGAAUCUUUGGAAACAAAUGAGCAGCUCCGAGAUGAAUUGAAAUCAGAAGAAUUGCUUGACCAAAUUCCUUCUAAAGAAGAGCCAUCUGAAAUUGAGGCAGUUGAAGAAAGACUACUUACUUUGGCUGAAAAGGUUGAAGAAAAGAGAUGUCAGAUUCUUAAUAAAUGGGAUGAAAUCUAUGCUCUUGAAAAACACAUUAAGACUGACUUGGUUCAUAAUGAGAUUGCAAAUAUUGCUGAAAGUAGCUGUAAGAGCAUAGAGACUGAAGCUAUUAAGUUGGAGACAAUUAAUGGAAUUUUGAAGAAAAAAAUAUUGGACUCCGAAGUAAGAAUCAAAGAAAACCUUGACAAGCAUAAAAUAAUCCGGGAAGAACAGCAGAAAUUUUGGGAUUUCCUUGACACCCUGAUAAGAUCUGAAGAUGUGGAAGAAUGAUAAGUACCUGGGAAAAUGGCACGUGAACAUCAAGAAUGAUCUCAAGAACAAACCCCUGAGGUUUUGAAACAUAAAAAUUAAAUUGGCUUGUUUCUUC